AAAGCAGUAUUUGUAUAUAUAUUGCACAGGGCCUGAAAUAUAAUUCCUUUAUGCUGGGGGGAAAAGUAUGAUGUAAAGCAACUUUACUCGGACAUGAACUAUUAGAUGCACGAUUUGAUUUAGAGAAAUAGAAAUAGAAUUAAAAAAAAAAAAAAGCAUCUAUGCUUUUACUCUUUUGUGCUGUUCUCUUCUAAAUCACAAUCCACUUUACUGGUAGGACUCAUGUAGUUUGGAUCUUCUAACUGCUUGUAAUCCAGCACCAAUUGUAUUGUUGAUGAUUUCACUUGUGAAGACCAGACUGAAACGCCGGUUAAGGUUGAAAGGCAUGACUAGCAUGACAUUUUGUUAGGACGGGCAUGCUGGAUGACAUGAGGCACAUCUUGUAUAAAUAGUACAAAACCUCGUUCAGUAAUUUUCACUAGCAAUAAGCAAAUCAAAGAUAAGAUGAAGGUGUUUAGGUCAGGGAUUCGGGUUCUGCCAUUAUUACUGGUUUUGUUGAUCAUGACAGGUUUGGUUGCAGGAGGGCAAGGCACUCCUUGCACAAGAACCUUCUUCUCUGCAUUGGUGCAGCUCAUACCUUGCAGGGCAGCAGUUGUUCCUUUUAGUCCAUUUCCACCAGGUGAAGCAUGCUGCAAUGCCAUUAGGAUUCUAGGACAGCCAUGUUUAUGCUUACUAGCGAAUGGUCCUCCAAUAUCUGGCAUAGAUCGUGACAUGGCCUUGCAGCUUCCGGCAAAGUGUGCUGCUAACUUUGAACCAUGUGAGAUCAUGAAAUGAAGUUCAAGCUUGAAAGAGCUAGAAUGAGCAAGCUUAUUAAAAGAAAUAUUGUUAUAUAUUAGGAUUAAUCUACCACAUAUCCUUCUAAGUUCUUACAAUAAGAUGUUGCAUGGCUUAUAAUCUUUCUCGUCAUUUGCAUUACUCUCAGUUUCACAAGUAAUUGUCCAUGUCAUGAAUCCCCUUGUAUGUUCUUCAACAGCAUCCAUAUAAAUUAAAUCUGGCAAUCAUGUGCUCCUCUGAUAUGAAUCUUUCAUACAAGGUUUAGAACAUA